AUGCACCUUGCGCCGGUGAUGAACAUCCCUCAUCACGCCAGAGGGGACUCGAUACAGCCUGUGGAUGCAAAGACACGGCAAGCCAAAGACCUCCCCAGGAGGCUGUCGAGUCCGAGACUCUCGGGGAGCGAGAGAAGAAUCAAGCCGAGGUUGAGCAAGCCAAGUCUGGAUCCUGUCAUAGAGGGUGAUCAACGGCCCACGAGAGAUGUCCAGAGUCCGCCCCCUGGUGACAUCACAAAGGUGACGAGAAAGUAUUCCUUGCCCGAGUUCCCAAGACCACGGAGCGACUACUUCGAAGAAGCCUUUGCCGCUCUGAGCCCAGAAGAUCAAGUACGAAACGAGUCGAUUGUCCUGGCAGAGGUCAAGACCAACGUCAUCGUUAAUGACGAAUACACCUUUGUCUCUGAACUCUCCGAGCAUCUCGCGCUGAGAUAUCAUCGACCAGUGUCUUCCAUCGUGGUGACACUUCAACAUGGAGCGUGUAUCCUUUUCGGAGGGAGUUGCGAUCCCGCAUACAUCAUGACGGUUGAAGCACUGGCUUGCUACGCGCAGACGGCGACGAACAAGCGCAAUAACGCUAUGCUCCAAAGACACAUGGAACAAGCCCUGGGGAUCUCAGCGAUGAGGGGGUUCUUGAGAUUCGUCCCCGUUGCAGAGGAGUGCUCUGGGUGGAAAGGUAAGACUGUGGCGAGCGAGAUUGCAGAGGUGAUAGAGCAAGCUCAGGCACCGGUCGAGCAUCGAGAUUCUAUAAAGGCCCCGAAACGCAGGUCAAGCAAGGCUUAUCGAGACAUGAAGGGUAGAGCAGCCACGAUAGCAGGCGCCUCUACACCCCAGGCAAUAUCACGAAGUAGAUCGAUCGAGGAAGCUAGAUCUAAUAAGGUGACGCAAGACGAACCCGAGCCAGCUGAGGAGAAGUCGACAAUGAAGCGGAGGAGGAGUUUCAUGCAAGCACUGUUUCCCCGGUCGUCAAGUUUAUUAAGGACGAAAGAGACAACCUGA